AUGUUGAACGCGGCCAUUUAUGAGAGGACGCAAAUUCUGAUUGGGGACGACGGGGUGCGGAGGCUGCAGGGGGUCAACGUCUUCCUCGCGGGCGUGGGCGGCGUGGGCGGCCACUGCGCUGAGGCGCUGGUGCGGGCCGGGGUGGGGCACAUCACCGUCUGCGACCACGACGUUGUCUCUGCCACCAACAAAAACCGCCAGCUUGUGGCGCUUGACAGCACAAUCGGCGAGAGCAAAGUGGAGGUGCUGGCGCGCCGCCUGCAGGACAUCAACGUCCACUGCCGCGUGACCGCCCUCGACGCUCUGCUUCUCCCGGAGGACAUGGAGGACAUCUUGACGCGGCAGCGCUACCACUACGUAGUGGACUGCAUUGACAGCGUGGAGUGCAAAGUGGCCCUCCUUGCCACCUCUGUGCGGCUCGGGUUGCAGACCUUCUCCUCCUGCGGCGCGGGCGGCCGUCUCGACCCGUCACUCGUCUCUGUUGGGGACCUCUUUGAGACGGAGAACGACGCCCUCGCCCGCUGCUGCCGCGCCGAGCUGCGAAGGCGUGGCGUUGGCCCCGGCAAGGUUGUCGUCGUGCAUAGCAAGGAAAAGGGCCUGAGGCCGCUGGCGCCGCAGCGGCAGGAGUGCGGCGGGCGAGACCGCGCUAUAAACGGAACGAUUAGUUACAUGCCGCCGCUCUUUGGUCUUCUGCUCUCCGCCGCGGUGGUCCGACACGCACUGGACCCGGCGAGGGCGCAGCGGGAGGCGCAGCGUCGUCUGAAGCGGGCGAGGAAGGAAGAUGCACGACGAGGGAAGAAGCCGCGUCCGGGGCCGUGA